AUGGUGACGACGGCUGCGUACGAUGAAAUACGGAAUGAAAGUGACCACGGGGGAGACCCUACAGGACUUUUCUCCAACAUCACGGUUCAUAACUUGUUUGUUUGGAUGCACUACUACUCAACAAGGUACACUUUUAUUCCAGAUGAACGCGGUACCCAGUCUGGAAUUGACGUUGCCCACGGAGGGCAAGGGAUCCUCACUUGGCAUCGAUUGUACUUGUUGCUCUUCGACAGAAGCCUUCAAAAAAUGACCCAUGACGAAAGCUUUACUGUGCCUUAUUGGAAAUGGACUGAAAAUAAAGAAACCUGCACAAUUUGUACUGAAAAGCAUUUUGGCGUCACCAAUGUGACCACAGGCAGAGUAACAGGAAAAUAUUUUACGUCUUGGAGUGUCAUUUGCACCGAAGAGCAAACCCGAGGUAUGACUCGGAUGUGCAACUCUUCUGAUGAAAAAUCAUGGCUGGGGCGUUUGAAUUCCAAAGAAAAAAAAGGUCUAGAAGAUAGGGGGUUCGCUACUACCUUUCCAACUUUAGAAGAUGUUAAUUUUGCCCUGAAGUUUGAAACGUUCGACCUCCCACCUCACAGCGCAGAGACGAGCUGCAGUUUUAGGAACAUUUUCGAGGGCUUUGCAAGUAGCAAGACUGGAUAUCGAUUGCCAAACGUUCACACCCUUCAUAACCAAGUUCAUAUAUAUAUGGGAGGUGACAUGGGUGAUGUUCCUUCAGCAGCUAAUGACCCCAUCUUCUACCUUCAUCACUCGUUCAUUGAUCUGAUCUUUGAGAAAUGGCUUCAAACUUAUAAGCAGAAUGCUACUGUCCUUUCACCCUACGAUGCCCCACUUGGUCACAACAAAGGCGGUGUAAUUAUACCGAUGUUCCCUGUGUACACCCACGAACAGAUGUUCAAGAGAUCGCAAGAGUUUGGAUAUAGCUACGAAGGUAUCGAUGAAAUAGGUUCGUAUACUCUAAAAAGUAAAUGGAGAAUACUUGACAGCUUGAAAUCACAGUUUCUGCAAAGAGAGUUGUUUCUGUUUUGUGAGCUAACAGAAAAUUGACACAAUGAAAUAAAUAAAUAAUAAUAAUAAUUACAAUUGAGAAAACUUUAGAAGGUCAAAAUAAGAGCUGUGCCUAUUGUUGUCGGGGCACUUGGGACAAUCCUGAAAGAAUUAGUUGGCAAGAUUCAAAAGACUGCUUUAUCAGGAACAGCACGACUCCUUCGACGGGUUCUCGAGCUAAGCUUGCAGGAUGUGACUUUCACCGGGAACUGGUUACCAGUUGAAUACUGAGAGUAUAUACAUAAUAAUAAUGAUAUUGAUAAAAAUAACGAGAAAGAUGAUGAUGAUGAUGAUGAUGAUGAUGAUGAUGAUGAUGAUGAUAGCGGGCGACAAGAGAAGCCCGCAAUCCUAAUCUCCAGGUUGUUAUUACGCAUGCGUCGCAUGUCGUAUGUAGCCAGCAUUCGUUUGGACUUAUACUAAGAAUGAAUGAAACGCACAUAACGCAAUCGCAUCACGCGCGUUUGGAACCUCCAUCAUUCGUAAUCUGAUCAAGCGCGUUUUGACCAUCUGUCACGUGGAACUUAUGUAAAGCACAGCGUUGGAGCUCAAGCGUUUUGACCUUUGAUCGUUGUCGCCAAUACUACACUCCGUAACCUUUGGUUGUUACUAGAAAUAGUAAUAAUUGAAUGAGGCUGAGUGCGAUCAUGACCUGAAGAAUUAGGCAGAUCUGAGAGGUUCUUGCCCAGUCCCUCUCGGUCAAUUCACUUCAAGCUUUGACCCGCCCCAAAUAAUGAGGCCAAAGAACAACGCAAGAGGGUCGAUAACAGCCUCUGAGUUCUGCAUAAUUCUACAGAUCACUAUAAAAAGCCGAAUACGAUGAUUGAUUAAUAUGUCAGUACUAUUUGUAGGGAUAUAUUGUUAACUCCAGUUUUCAACUCAAAACCCUGGUGCGUAUUUCGAACACUUUUGUGGUGUAUUGCACUGUUUAACGUUAAUUCAAAUCACACUAAUUAUUUAAUAAAAGAUUUAAUAACUUAAACUUCUUAUUCUCUGAAAAAAAAUGUUAUGUUUGUUAAAAAGCGUAUAAAUUUUCGUCUGAACUUUUUGACAUGAUUUUUGGCAAAUUUUUUUCACAAAAUUUUAAGUAGUUUUUCUUGAAUUCUUGGGACGCUUGCUACCUAGCUAUUGCAUGGGGCGAGGUUAUAGCAGAUACCUCUCCCAACGUUCUAAAGCCAAUCAUUGAGUAAAAUAUUAAUAUAAAAAAGGGUUAAGUAUGCCGCUGAAAAGAAGGAGUUAGCAAUUAAUUUUGCUUACGUUUGAUAUUUAUUCCAGGACCACCUCCUGGUGAAGGGUUCCCUCCUGGUUUUUGUCCUGUAAGUGGUUCCAACUCUACUUCUCCGUGUCCAUCUCCAUCAGCAAUUUUGCAGUCAAAUUAUGCAAUUAUCAUUGGUCUAUCUGUUGCAGUGCCUCUACUUUUCUUUUUGCUAGUUGCAGUGCUAGUCUAUUUUUAUAAAUCAAGGAGACCGGUCUCUUCUCCGGUUACAACAUAUGAAUACCGUGAGCUUCAAACUUCAGAGCUGCAAACUUCAGAGCAGUCAACUGCUGGUACUACUGGUGACCACGAUGAC